GGUGGGGGCGUCCUGGACACUCAGGAUUGGUCCGUCGGGAGCCGCCUCCCGUCGUGCACCGGGGCGCCGGCGACUCACCCGGAAGGAGAAGCCGGGACUCGGGCUCUAUGGUGCGGGGCUGGUGGUGUCGCUGUAGAGAGCCGCCGCUGCCGCCGCUCUCAGGAGCCGGCCCGGAUCAUUUGUUGGCAGUACAUAUUGGCUGAAGUCAGUUUUCAUUUCAAGAUGUUUUCUUCCCAUGGGCUUUUGGUGUAGGAUGUUGGAGAACCAAGAGCUGGAGGAGGUGAUCACGGUGCGUGUGCAGGACCCCCGGGUGCAGAAUGAGGGUUCCUGGAAUUCUUACGUGGACUAUAAGAUAUUCCUUCAUACGAACAGCAAGGCCUUUACUGCCAAGACCUCGUGUGUGCGGCGCCGCUACCGUGAGUUUGUGUGGCUGAGGAGACAGCUGCAGAGGAACGCGGGCUUAGUGCCGGUACCUGAACUUCCUGGGAAGUCCACUUUCUUUGGCAGCUCUGAUGAGUUCAUUGAGAAGCGACGGCAAGGCCUACAGCAUUUCCUAGAAAAGGUCUUGCAGAGCGUGGUCCUUCUGUCAGACAGUCAGUUACACCUCUUCCUCCAAAGCCAGCUCUCAGUCCCCGAGAUUGAAGCCUGUGUGCAGGGCCGAGGCUCCUUGACGGUGUCUGAUGCUAUUCUCCGCUACGCUAUGUCAAACUGUGGCUGGGCCCAGGAGGAGAAGAGGCAGAGCACCUCUCACCUGGCUAAAGGAGACCAGCUCAACAGUUGCUGCUUUCUUCCAAGAUCAGGCAGGAGGAACUCUCCUUCUCCACCCCUCAGUGAAGAGAAGGACCACUUAGAAACAUGGGCUCCGGUGAUGGACUCUGAGGGCCCAUCCUUAGAGAGUCCUAUGCUGCCGCCCAGCUCCUCACCAUCAUGCUGUGAUAUUGCAGGACCCGAAGAAGGACUCUCUGUGUCCCAGCCUGUGAGAAGGGCUGUGGGAGGGGACCAUGCUGUGCCUUUGGACCCUGGUCAGCUAGACACUGUGGGGGAGGUGAGCUGUGGUUGAGUUCUAGGUUCUCUUGGGUGGUGGAGAAGCUGCAGGCCACAGUCGCAUUCAGGUGGGGUUGGGCACAGGGCAGGUGCAGGGGAGUCGGGCUGUUUGGCACCCUCCAUCCACAUCUACUCAGGUUCGCUAUGCAGAGGUUGGUUGUGGCUGCCUGCUGUGUCUCCUCCAUGGGAAUAAACACCACACCGGUGUUUGUAAGUUAAGCACAGGGCCCAGAAGCUGUUGGUUUUAAGUAGAACUAUAUUUACUUCUGCAGGAGCUUAGUUUCUUCAGGUGCACUGCCACGGGUGAAUAGUUUGGGGAACCUCUUCAUGGCAGAUUUUUAGCUGCCAUGUUGAGUACCGUACCAACAGAAUGCUUGCUUCUAUUGUUACAUUCCCAUCUUGGCAAGCUGCAGUUUUUGCCUGGAACAUUUUGGUUGUGGGAGGCCUGCCUCUUGCCUGCCUCCUUGUGUGGACAGGGUGGUGAAUAUUUAUUCACCACCUCCUUGCUUGUCAGUAAAUGGCAGUAAUGUGACUCUUAUCGAUGGGAUUUCCAGUAUCUUCCAAGACCGUGGCAGCUCGAGUGGGGCCUGAGAGCUGCAGGCAAGCAGUUCCAGACCAUCGAGGAGGCAAAGUGGCUGGCCGCAGCCAGGGGACGGGAACAGUGCAGAGGUGGCUGCUCUGGGCUGCCCAUCUUCUGCUCAUAGAGCAGAGCUGGUGUUUCUGCAGGGGUAAAGCUUUCUUCUCUUGAGUCGCAGCUCCCUGGCCCGGGGCUUUAGCUGCCCCAGUGCCCACUGCUCCAUGGGGGAAGCCUCACGCUCGCUCCGUCCAGUGGGGCACACAGGCUUUGUUUCUGCCUGGAAGGGAGAGCUCUAGGGAUGAGAUGGGGAACCACGUGCUCUCCUUCAGACAUUGAGGCUUCUGCCCUCCUGCUGCCGAGAUCCUGUUCGCAGAGAGCAGGGCCUGGGCGCUGGAGUGCUAGGGUGGCCUCUGCUGGGCUCCCCUGGCCGCCCUGCUCUUAGGUUUGUGUGGGCUUCCUCCCCUCUGGCCAUCUGCCCGUCUGUGGGCUCUUUUACUACUGGCCUGUGUUGUGGGAUUGUCAAUGGCAUUUAGUUCAGAGUUGAGGGGCUUUGGCCUGAAAUAAAACACAAGUAUUUAAGACUGUUGUUGCAAUUUGUGUCUAACAAGCUGUAGCAGGGAAGGAGGGAGAGAGAGCUGGCAGGAGUUACUUUCAUAAAUCAUGAAUUUAUCAGCGUGGAAAUAACACCACCGCAGAACUGUGUGCUGGAGCUCUCCUGCAUUGUGUGCGAGACUCAAGUUCACCGCAGCAGGAGGGACUGUUUUCCAAAGAGCCAGGAUCCAGCUCUUCUCACAGUUCUGGGCAUGAACCUUGUUAGGUAUAAUUUACCUGAUGCGCUUCCAUCUUCGAAGCCUGUCUGAGGUGCCAGGUGCUAAAAGAGAAAUAAAGUUUGUCAACAGGCAGAUGCAAAGCCCUGGCUGGUGUUCAUCCCUCCUUCCUGGCCGCCUCCCCUGGGUCUGUCCUUUAUAUGAUGCAUCAGAGGGAAGCGAGGAUGGAAAACCUACAGAGGCAGAUCCAAAAUGUCAAAAGAAGUUCAUUUAAAAGGGGAAAAAACUCCAUACACAACCCUCACAAAACCCGACAGAUGCUAGGCUAAUGGCAUCCACUCUGCCGAUUGGUGGGGAUGGCUCAUGAAUAUUAAUGAGUCCAAUGCUCCAAAUGGUGCAGCUGUGAACCCAGCUGUGCCUGAAGCUCUCUGAUCUCAAAACUUCCAGACAGGAGCCGGAGGUGGUCUGUGUCAAUUCCCUACUCAGCCAAAAAACAGCAAGCUGGAUUGGCCUUCUUCUGUUCUCCUCUCUCCUCCUGGAGUUGGUGCUAGGCAGUCAGCUCUGCCAGCAGGCACUCUUCAGACAUGGCUGCGAUUUCUCAGACUCCCAGCUUUUUUAAUGAUCCAUUAGCAGCAGUGCGUACAACAGCACCUCAGUUAAUGUGAGGCCGGGCGCCUUCUCGUCUCAGUCUUGUGCUGAGUUGAGUAUUGGCUGGAGAAGAUGUCCAAAGAAGGAGCGCGCUUUCCUAAUAGCAUGGGCCCACGUACCAGAAAAACAGCAACCCCCAAGGAAAUUUCUUUUUAUCUAGGCAAUGCCAGAGCCUCUCUCGAAUUUUUGUCUGUCCAGUGUGUGCUGAAGUCUAGUCACCACAGCUGGAUGGCCUUCUCUGUGAGAGAUGGGUCACUAGCUGUAGGGAGUGGCCCUCUGAGUGAUGUACAGUCAAAAGUGUUCUUUGUUUUGAUCUGAGGUUUGAGGCAAGUUUGGUGCCUGCUUUAGUCACACUUUUGUGACCCAAGUCUAGUCAUCCCCUUAAUCUGAGUUGUCGGAGGCCGGCACCAGUGAGGAGUGCCUGGAGGUUAUUUGGUAGGGACCUGUGGGGAGUGCCUGGAGGUUAUUUGGUAG